AUCUUUAUCUCCCUACAUUCAUUAUCCAAAAAAGUAAAAUAAAAAACAAAAUAGAGGGUGGCUUAUCUUCUUAGUUCUUCCACAAUGAGUUGCAAUCACUGUUGUUCAUCACCUGUUUACUUGGUUUCCACACAGAAAAAUUAUAGCCAAAAUUGUAAAACACAAACCAAAUUAUGUUGCCAAUUUUCAAAAAACAGGCGUUUAAAUAAUAAAAUCUCAAAAGUUGGUGUUUUUGCUUUGAAAGUGGAGAGUUUUACAAGCAUUGCUGUUGCUAAACCUGCUGAUAUUUCUGUUUUAAUCCAAACAAGUGCAUUGCUGAUCUCUGUCUAUUUGAUAGCCAAUUUUGUUGUCCCACAAUUUAUCUCCAAAAGUUUUGAGUUGGACAAAGAGGCUGAAAAUGAGAAAACUGACAUCGACUCCGUGAAUGACAGAAACUCAAAGACGGGAGUGCGUGGUUUCAACAGCACCAAACCCAAAUAAAGAUUUUUCACAAGAGUAAGAAUGUACGAUUGCGUACAUGGUACAUCUAGUGUCCUCAAACCGUCUACAUAAAGCUAUUUUUAAGGACAUUGGAAAAAUGAAAUGUCGUUGAUUCAUUAGUAAUAAUGUGUGUGUGAAUAUAGUUUUUGUACAAGAGAGUAUCAGAAGAUACAACAGGCAAGAACAAAAAUUCCAUACAUUUCUGUAGUUCUCUUUUCAUUAACAAAAAAAUAAUUACAAUUUUAUCAACGAAA